UCCCUUUUGAUAUAAAUACGUGACGACUCGUAGUUUAAGGCAUCAGUUCAUCAGGACUUACCAACGUAGUCACAUUCACAAAUCUACCUACCCUUCAAAAUGUCUGUGAAGUUCGUUCUCGUCCUAGCAUGCGCGGCCGUCGCUGCUGCUUCCUCUAAUUUCAAUAGCUUCUCCUACGAUGUGGCUGAUCCCUUCACCGGUGACUUCAAGAGUCAAGUCGAAGCUCGAUCAGGCGGCAACGUGCAAGGUCAAUAUUCCCUCUUGGAGUCCGAUGGUACCCGUAGAACUGUGGACUACGCUGCCGGAGCUGGUGGUUUCAACGCUGUCGUGAGGAAAGACCCCGCUUUGAUUGCUGCUGCCCCAGUCUUCGCUGCCCAGACCUACGGACCUAUCGCGUACUCAGCUCCCUAUGGAUUCAAUAAAUUCGCCAAAUACGGCUCUUUCGGAUAUGCCGCCCCAUUCGCCUACCCUCGAUUCCUAUAAGACGUUUCUGCAAUAAACUGGUACUUGUUUUGUAAAUAAAAUGAAUAUAUCUAUCGAUAUUUAAA